AUGUCUACUGCCACGACUUCUCUCUCCGACACCCUUCCAUCCUCCGUACCCAAGCUCGAUGCGAGCGGCUUGAAUUGGGCAAUAUUUGCCGUCCGAUUCCAAGAUGCCGUCGAGGCUAAAGGCUUCUGGGGUCACUUCAUUGGUACCGACCCUCGCCCUGUUCCUGCGGCCACUCCUACCCCUGCCCCUACCCCCGCUACUGUUACUGCCGGUGCCGCGACCGCGGCUGUUGUGGGCGCUGCCCCUCCAACCAUUGGUGCGACGGCGACCCCUACCGCGGCUGAGAUAGCUGCUAUGGAGAAGUGGGACAAGGACGAGCGUGCGGCAAAGUCUUUACUCACCCAGAGGAUUCCUGAUUCAAUGUUGAUGCGUAUCCACUCGAAGAAGACCGUCUUUGAGAGGUGGUCCACCAUCGUCAGCGAGUACACGGAGAAGGGCGCUUAUGUGCAAACCGAGAUGCGUACGAAGUUCUUGGGGUCGAAGUGCCCCGACAAGGGCAAUGUGCGUGAGUUCCUGGAUUCCUUGGCCACCAAGAGGGAACAGCUUGCUUCAGUUGGUGUCGACAUCGAUGAGAAAGACUAUCGCUCGACCAUCCUGCAGUCCCUUCCUAUCCCACUCUCAAACUUUGCAUCGGCGCAGCUUGCUGCUGCCCGAAUGUUCUCCCCAACCGGUACCAUUGCUCCUGACACCCUCAUUCGGCUUAUUGGCGAGGAGUAUGACUGCCAGAAGUCCCAACGUUUUGGGCGCUUGGGAAAGGCGAAGGAGGAUGACCGCGACGAGGUGAUGGCAGUCUCAUCGAACACUUUGAACAACACAGGUGGUGGACAGGCUGCGAAUGGUGGAGGUGGCUCAAGCAGGGGGUGCUGGAAGUGUGGCGACCUUGGUCACCGCAAGAGUCAGUGCCCGAAAAUGAGGAAGAUUGUCGACAAGUUGACUCAGAAGGCAGCUUCUUCAAAGGCGGGUGGGUCUGUGAAUGUGGUUGAGGUUGAGGAGGGGGACAGCGAUGGUGUUUUCGCGGUCAUGGUCGAGUCUGAUGAUGAAACAUCAGUGCAUGGUUCAAUGGCAGGGCUCCAGUCAAAUACCAACACGGUGAUGGGGAGCGACGAUUAUUCCGACGCCGACAGCGACUCCCUCCCGGUGCCUCACCAGUCUGAUGCGCUGAUGGACAGUGACUGGUUCUCAGAUGUCGGAAGUGGCGCUGGAGACUAUGAUGACCCAUUCUGGAGCUCUGAGGAUGGAUCCGACGAGGAGGAGGAGAGGUUGAUGGCUGAGUUCUACGCCAUCAUCAACACCGUCAAGGAGAAAUUUGACGUCGAGAAUGCCUUCCUCGAAACCCCUCGCGUCGAGAUCUACGACUCGGGCUCAACUCGCCACAUCUCCCCUUACCACGAGGACUUCGUCAACCUCACGGAAAUCCCACUGCAAACACUUCACGCUGCCAACAAAAACAACUUCAGUGCUACUGGGGUUGGCAAGCUCAUCAUCAAUGUACCUAGUGGUGUCAACAUGAAGCAGCUCCACCUCACAGAGGUGCUCUACUCUCCCGAAGUUGGCUAUACGCUUGUCUCCAUUGGGCGGCUUGAUGAGAAGGGGUUCUCCGCAACGUUUGCACACGGGAAGUGUGUUAUUCGAGGACCAAAGGGUGAAGAGGUUGGCGAGGUGGCAAAGAACGCAAAGGGCUUGUACCGCGUUGAGCACGACGACGACACGGUCAAUUCAGCGAUCGAGACGAUCACUUUGGACCAGUUCCACCGUUGCAUGGGCCACAUAUCGCCUGAGGUUGCUCGUCGACUUGUAUCCAACAAGUUUGUGACAGGUGCGACGAGGAAGUCGGUGCCGAAAGAGAGAGCUGGGGAGAGGGCGAGCGAGUUUGGUGGUGAGGUUCAUUCGGAUCUCUGGGGACCAGCACCUGUUUCUACACGGGGCGGUCGGCGCUACUACGUCACCUUCAUUGACGACAAGACGCGACUCACUCACCUCUACCUCAUGCGCAAUAAGUCUGACACUUUUGCCAAGUACAGGGAGUAUGAGGCGUGGUGUGAUGCACAGCUAGGUGCUCGAGUCAAGGUUUUGCACUCGGAUCGAGGGGGAGAGUACACCGGGAAGGAGUUUGUUGUCCAUCUCAAGGCUCGCAGCACGGCGAGGAAGCAAACCGUCCAUGAUACCCCUGCCCAAAAUGGUGUUGCGGAACGUCGUAAUCGCAUCAUCAUGGAGCGCGUUCGAGUGCUAUUGCACAGUUCUGGUCUGCCAAAGUUUCUUUGGGGCGAGGCUGCUCGCCACGUCGUUUGGUUGUUAAAUCGGACGUCGACGAAGGCGGUGGAUGGCAAAACCCCCUACGAGGCAGCUUUUGGGAAGAAGCCUGACCUCCGUGAGGUACGUGAGUGGGGCGAGAAGGUGUGGGUGCGCAUCGAGGGAGGGAACAAGUUGGGUGGGCAGGUGCGAGAGGGGCGUUGGAUGGGUUUGGAUGAGAAGUCGAAGGGUGUGAGGGUUUAUUGGCCUGACAAGAGGACCGUGACGGUGGAGCGAAAUGUCUAUUUUGACAAGACAGCAUCAUCAGUCAGCCGUCUCGAGGGGGAGGACUGGGAAUUCAUCGAAACGACGCCUGAUUCGACGCCGGAUGGACUUACCAGCACCCCAUCUAUGCCCUCGGAGCCCGAAACUCGGUCGAAACGCACUCAGAAGCCUACACAACGUCUCCGUGACAUCCUCGAGGGACGCGCCGUCUUGUCCAAUCGUCCUGGGGCACAAAAGGUUACACCCGGGGUGCAGCUCCCUUCGGAGAUCCUCUACGCUCUUUAUAGCGAGGCUGGUUUUGAGGGGGAGAACGAGGACGGGUGGGUGAUGGUGGCAGACUUCAUUGAUGAGUAUGCGAUGGCGGCAGAAAUCAGUGAGAAAGAGGCUUUAGAGCCCCGUUCUCUCGCCAAGGCAAGGACUCGACCUGAUUGGCCGUUGUGGGAGAAGGCGAUCCUGGAAGAACUCGCUGUUUUGAAAGCUGCGGGUACAUGGGAACUUGUCGACGCACCUCCUGGAGCCAAUAUCGUUGGUUCAAAGUGGGUUUUUCGGGCAAAGAAGGAUGCCGCUGGCAACGUGGUGCGCUACAAGGCUCGUCUCGUCGCGCAAGGUUUCUCCCAAGUCCCGGGGAUCGAUUACUUCGACACGUUCGCACCGGUUGCACGCCUUGCUUCUAUUCAGGCCGUUCUCGCGAUGGCGGCUGUCCAUGACUACGAAAUCCAUCAAGUUGAUGUCAAAGGUGCUUACCUAAAUGGCAUUCUCACCGCCGACGAGGUUAUUUUUAUGCGCCAACCCCCCGGAUAUAGGAUUUCUGACAGCGCGGGAAAGGUGUGUCGUCUUCUCAAGACACUGUAUGGACUGAAGCAGUCGGGGAGGCGAUGGUAUCAGAGGUUGGUGGAGAUCAUGGUGCUGCUCGGUUUUGAGCAGUGUGCGGUCGACCAGGCGGUUUUCUUUAAGCGCCGCAGCGAGGCGCUUGUGAUCGUGCUUGUGCAUGUCGACGACUGCACAAUUGUGGCCACUGCACUGCCACUGAUCGAAGCCUUUAAGGCCGAGGUCGCCAAGCACGUUGAAAUCACCGAUUUGGGCGAACUCCACUGGAUCCUCGGCAUCGAGGUUUGGCGUGAUCGCGAACGCCGUAUUAUCUUCCUUUCCCAACGCUCGUACAUCGACUCGAUCAUUCGCCGGUAUAACCUUCAAGACCUCAAGCCUCUUUCCAUUCCCAUGGACCCCAAUGUUCGCCUUUCGAGCGCUCAGUCUCCCUCUACCACUGUCGAGAUCGCGAAGAUGGCAAAUAUCCCAUACCACGAGGCCGUUGGUUCUCUCAUGUACGCCUCGCUCGGUACACGCCCGGACAUCACCUUCGCUGUCCAAACCAUCUCGCGAUACGCCUCAAAGCCUGGUCCCGAGCACUGGGAGGCCGUCAAGCGGAUUUUUCGCUACCUGAGUGGUACGAAGGAGUUGUGGUUGAGUUUUGGUGGGGACACGAAGGGGCUGGUUGGAUUUGCGGAUGCGGAUGGGAGUAUGGCAGAGGAUCGUCACGCGAUCUCGGGGUAUGCUUUUUUGCUUCACGGCGGUGCUGUUUCAUGGAGUGCUAAGUGCCAGGAGAUCAUCUCACUAUCCACCACGGAAUCUGAGUACGUCGCAGCGACGCAGGCCACGAAGGAGGCUCUCUGGCUCCGCUCCUUGGUCUCGGAGCUUUGCGCCAUUGACCUCGACACGACCACUUUAUUUUCGGACAACCAAUCAGCCAUCGCGCUCACAAAAGACCAUCAGUAUCACGCCCGCACUAAACACAUCGAAAUUUGGUUUCAUUUCAUUUGCUGGAUCGUCGAAAAGGGGUCCAUUCGACUCGUCUACUGUCCUACUGGCGAAAUGGUUGCGGAUACUCUCACCAAGGCCCUCCCUUCUGCAAAGGUGAAGCAUUUCGCUUCGGAGCUCGGACUCGUGCUCGUUUGA